AUGUCGGUCCUGCUACAACGGGCGCCGCCCGCACGAGUAAGAUGUCCACUCGACCUUGGGUCCUACGUUCCCGCUCCAAGAGUGUCUCGUCGAAGAUAUGCUGCUCUCGCUCAAACCCAGGCCGCCCCGAAGAGGAAGGCGGCCAUUCCACCCUACCAGAAGAUCCUGAAGAAGUUCGAGGACGUCAGAACAAUCCUGGGAGCUCGAAAGCUCACCCUCGCCGAAAAGAUCCUCUAUGCCCACCUUGACAAUCCCGAAGAGUCACUAUUAGCCAACACCGACAACGGCAGGAGCAUUCGUGGCAAUGCCAAUCUCAAGCUCAAGCCUGACCGGGUGGCCAUGCAAGAUGCCUCUGCCCAAAUGGCCAUUCUCCAGUUCAUGACCUGCAACCUUCCCUCCACCGCGGUUCCGGCGAGUAUCCAUUGCGACCACAUGAUCGUCGGGGAAAAGGGCGCAGACACCGACCUGCCCAACUCGAUCGCUGGGAAUAAGGAAGUCUUUGACUUUCUCGAGUCGGCCGCAAAGAGAUACGGAAUUGAGUUUUGGCCGCCUGGCGCCGGCAUCAUACAUCAGACAGUGUUGGAGAACUAUGCCGCCCCAGGUCUGAUGAUGUUGGGUACGGACAGUCACACCCCAAAUGCUGGGGGCUUAGGAGCUAUCGCCAUUGGCGUCGGUGGAGCUGAUGCCGUCGAUGCGCUUGUUGACGCCCCGUGGGAACUGAAAGCUCCCAAGAUUCUGGGUGUUCGCCUGGAGGGCAAGCUCACUGGCUGGGCUUCGCCGAAGGACGUGAUCUUGCAUCUGGCGGGCCGUCUCACAGUUCGAGGUGGAACUGGUUAUCUCAUUGAGUAUCACGGACCGGGAGUUGACACCCUCAGCUGCACUGGAAUGGCCACGAUUUGCAACAUGGGUGCGGAAGUGGGAGCCACCACCUCCAUCUUCCCAUUUUCCGACAACCACAUUCCCUACUUGAAAGCUACGGGGCGAGACGCCAUCCUUGACGCUGUCAAGGGGGUUGCCUACGGCUCCGAGAAGUACAACUUCCUGCGGGCCGACAAUGGCGUAGAAUAUGACCAAGAAAUCACCAUCAACUUGUCCAGCCUCGAGCCUCACAUCAACGGACCCUUCACGCCUGACCUUUCGACACCAUUGUCGAAAUUCAAGGAUGCGGUCCAGACCAAUAAGUGGCCAGACACUUUCUCGGCUGGACUGAUCGGUAGCUGUACAAACAGUUCGUAUGAGGACAUGACUCGGGCGGAGGAUUUGGUCAAGCAAGCACAAGCUGCUGGAUUGAAGCCGAAAGCGGACUUCUUCAUCACCCCUGGCAGUGAGCAGGUCCGCGCCACACUGGAGGACAGCAAGACGCUGGAGACAUUCACCAACGCCGGUGGUAUCGUGCUCGCCAAUGCCUGUGGACCUUGUAUCGGGCAGUGGAAGCGAACCGACGAGGUAAAGAAGGGCGAAGACAACGCCAUUAUCUGCUCUUACAAUCGCAACUUCCCUGGCCGAAAUGAUGGAAAUCGUCGGACCAUGAGUUUCCUGGCCUCGCCUGAGAUUGUCACCGCCGUUUCAUACGCUGGAUCCACUUCCUUCAAUCCGAUUACCGACGAGAUUCCACUUCCUUCUGGCGGAAAGUUCAAGUUCCAAGCUCCUAAAGGCGCACAGCUUCCAGGCUCUGGCUUUGCGGUCGGCAACCCGGCAUUUCUCCCUUCAUCUGCUGAUCCGGAUCCUACUGUCGAAGUCGUCGUCGAUCCGGCUUCUGACCGUUUGGCGCUUCUAGAUCCAUUCGAGCCCUUCCCCGCAAGCGAGCUUGAAGGACUAAAAGUUCUGUACAAGGUCAAGGGCCAAUGCACCACUGAUACCAUUUCUGCCGCUGGUCCGUGGCUCAAGUACAAGGGGCAUCUCCCAAAUAUCGCCGAAAAUACGUUGAUCGGUGCCAUCAACGCCGCAACUGGAGAAACCAACGUUGCCUACGAUGAUGACGGCUCCAAACUGUCCAUUCCAGAUCUUGCGAAGAAAUGGAAGGAGAAGGGGCAGCAUUGGCUGGUGGUGGCUGAAGACAAUUACGGCGAAGGGUCGGCAAGAGAGCACGCCGCGCUGCAACCAAGAUAUCUUGGAGGGCAGAUCAUUUUGGCGAAGAGCUUUGCGCGAAUUCAUGAAACGAACCUUAAAAAGCAGGGAGUGGUGCCAUUGACCUUUGCAAACAAGGAAGACUAUGACCGGAUCGAUGCAUGCGAUACAGUGGACACCGAAGGUCUGUGGGAUGUCCUGCAGAACGGCGGCCGAGGCGAGGUUACGCUCCGAGUCACCAAGGCGAAUGGGGAGAGCUUCAGCAUCCCUGUCAAGCAUACUCUGAGCAAAGACCAGUGUGGGUUCAUUCUUGCUGGAAGUGCCCUGAACCUGUUGGCGAAGCGCGGCCAGUCCGAGUGA